AUGAGUGCAAAAAAUAUUGAGAUUAAGCAGAAUGUUUUUUUAUCGAACAUUUUCUGCGACUCGGACAAUUUGAAGAAUUUAAUGAGGGGCAGCCCUAAGAAAAGGCCCAGGGAAAAGGACAAAGAAAAGAAUUACUUGUCGGCCCAGAACUUCUGUUGCGACAGGGAGGGCGAUGAAGACAUCUUCAAGGUGGAAGAAAUUUACGACCAGGACUUCUCGUCGAAGGAAAAAAAAUGCAAGCUGUUCGUGCCGUUCAAAAACCAACGGGAAAGGGAACCCAGAUUUAUCACCAUAGAAAAGAUAAAGAAGAAAUAUAAAAGUAUCAAUAUAUACGAUGCGCUAAAUGACAAAAUGAGACUGCUGGAUUCGGAGGAAGCUAAUUACAAAUGGCAAGACAUACUAAACUAUGAGGACUCGUCUUUCGACAUAUUCACGAUAGACGAAAUAGUGAAGGAGCUAAAGGAGGAGGAAAUCCCAGAGGACCAAAUAGGCGAGAAUAGUCACCAAAAAGUAGAAAAAAACAAGUCAGCAAAGGAGUUAAAUCAUGAAAAUUUUAAGAAAAAAGAAAGGAACAUCGUUCCGUUUAAGGCUAAAGGAGUGAUCUCACAACAGAAGAACAUAUUUCAAAGUGUCUUUGACGACAUAUACAUUUAUGAUUAUAAUUAUGAGUCAAACUUGUUUAAGGUAAAGAAAAAAACAUCAAACGAAUUUUUCGAAAUUCAUCGAAUGCAGUUUUUUUUUACUAGCGAAAAUCCAAUACUGUACGCAGAAAAAAUUUUUAACGCCAUUAAAAACAGAUCUACCAACUUGAAGAAAAAGCUGUUCUUUGCAGAAAUUGACAACAAAUUUGCGCACUUCAAUUGUAUACUGAACGAAGUCCAUGAAAUUGCCGAAAGUAAUUCAAUCAUAAAAAAUGCCAAUGAUUUGCAAUCUAUUGCGAGCAAUUUGAACAAUUUUUGUAAUGUAUGUCUGGGAAGAAGAAUUUGUAGCAAUCAGUUUUCUAAUUUUCCCAACCAGUUGUACAGAGCCAAGAACGAAAUAAAAUACUACAACUACGAUUUCGAGAACAAGAAGAAUAUCAUUAAGCACUGUGUACUGCUGGAGAAUAAGAAAGUCAUCAAGACCUUUUUGGGUAUUAUAAACAAGUGUGUCUUGAUUAAGAUAUCCAUAUUUGACACUACCAUUUCUAGUCCAUACGAGAUGAACGACUUUUUCCAGGCGCAGAACGCCUCCGUUUUGAAGUCCUUCGAACGCGUGAACAGUGCCUGGAUGAACGACAUGAAGAUGAUCAUUGAGGAAAAUCUGAAGAAUUGCACCAAGGGAAAUUACAACCUGAAGGAUAUCUCCACGGAGACCUUUAAGUACACCAAGAUAAGGAUCUUCUUCAACAUAUUAAAGUUAAUUAUUGAAAGGAGAAUAAACGAAAUGCUGAUUAGCAACAUGGAAGAGUUUGUAAAUAUGUUCGUACAAAACAUGAUAAGCUGCAAGAAGAAUAAAAAUUACAUGCCCAUAUUCGUAAUUAACGUAACGAAGAAAUUUGACUACUCCAGAUUUAUUCUAGACAACAGUCCCUUCUCUUUCUUCGAAAAGUUGGAAGACCUCAUAUAUUCCAUGCUCAUAAAAUAUCAGCAGAUAGAAAAAAUAGAAAAGUUAGUAAUUCCACAGGUGUUCAAAAAUGACAAAUUUAUUUUUUACAAAUCUAUCAAGGAAAGUGACAAAUUUAUAUGUGAAAAAUUACUUCACAUAAAACACAUUUUUGACGAAUCAAAAAAUAUGAUAGAUAGCUACUUGUCAAAAAUUAACAAGCACGCUGACAUUCUCAAUUUCAAUGUUAAUGAGGCCAUCAAAAAUAUUGAUAUCAAUACAAGUGUAGAGCAUAUUCAAAAUAUCAUCUACAAGAAUCUUGAAAAAAUACAGAACAUUAAUGAUACCAUCGAGGAUAAUAUCAACUUGGGUAUCUUUCUCGUCAAAUGCAAAGAUAUCAAGCUUUUUAUCAUAAAUGAGAUUAAUAAUUAUAUCAAAGCUUUGACCAACAUCAUUGUCCAGCGAUACAAAGAAAAAUACACCUCGAACCUCAUGUUCUACAACUCCAUAAUCGUGAGGCUAAAAAAAAAGACGAACAAAAUUCAGGACAUCUACGAAAAGGAGGAGUACAUAAAAGACAUGAAGAAGAGCCUUGACUUCGUAUCGCACGAUAUUAAAGAAAUAAACGUCCUCUUCAACUGCCUGAACAAGCUGAACUACAAAUUUUCCAAUGAUGAUUAUUUGUCCUACUGGAAAAUAGUAAACCGGCCCAGCAAGAUAGAAAAAAUUGUCAAGGAAGUUAACGAACACAUAGUUAAGCAAAAAAAUAUUCUCCUCGAAGAACUCAUAAAUGACGAAUCCAAGUUUCAAAGCAGCAUUGUUGACAUGAAGGAAAAUGUGCAGUCAAUCAAAAGCUUCAACGACGAGAGCAACUAUCUGAGCAUUAACAAAUUUAUUCUGACCGUUCAGAAUCAGUUAGCCGUUCUCAUCAAGGAGUCCAAGGAAAUCAAUUACAGGGAAAAGCUCUUCAAUAUUGAAAUAUCGGAUUUCUCGAUCCUUCCAAAAAUUCAAAAUGAACUAAACCUGUACUACACCUUUUGGCUUAUAUACAAAAGCAUAAAGUCGAUGGAUGAGAGGUUCGAUAAAAAAAUUAAUUCCCUCAACCACAAAAAAAUAGAAGACGAUUUUAACUUGAUCUUGAAAAAUAUGAACAAAAUUAACAAGCACGCCAACGAGUACUACAAAAAUAAAAAUGGGCUAAUUAAAAAGAUGAACGAGAAGCUGACCUUCUUCAAUUCAUACGUGUCUUUGUUAAUUUCGUUGAGGAAGCCAAGCAUAAAGGAGAGGCAUAAGGAACAGAUAGCCAAAAUUAUCGACGACAAGAACAACAUCGACUUCAACACGAUUACAUUUAACGAGCUCAUCAAGAUGAACAUAAGCAACAAAAUAACCAGCAUCAUUAACAUUUGUGAGAAGGCAAAUAAAGAGAAUGCCAUAGAGAAGUUUUUGGGUAAGAUAAAAAACAACUUCAACAAAAUCGAGUUCCAAAUGAAGCAAGAGGAAAAUAACAAAAUAUGGAUCAUCUCCAACAUGAACGAAAUUUUGACCAAGAUAGAAGAGAACCUGGUGCUGAACCAAAAUUUGCUCAUAAUAAAUAUAUAUGAGAUUUAUCACAUUGACAUAAUUAACAACCAGAACAUGAUGAUGAACGCGAACAACAUCAUCCACACGUUGAAGAAGAGUCAGAAUCUGUUUCUGUACCUGAGCCGGAUCUUCGUGCUGACGGACAUUUCGAAGCAGCUGACGAACGAGUCUAAAAAGUACAAGCUCAUCUACAGCAACUUCCUGAACCUGUGCAAGCUCAUCGAGGAAGACAAGAAGUUGGAGAAGUUCUGCGCCAGGAAAGACACCAAGGAGAAGCUGGUCGAGCUGUACAACAAUCUGAACCUACUCCUGAAGAGCAUCAACGAGUACCUAGACCUGAAAAGGGAAAUCUUCAACCGCUUCUACUUCCUGAGCACAGACGACCUAAUAAACUUGAUCUCCUCCAACAUCAAUGAUCAAAUAAACACCUACCUAUUUAAGAUUUUUAAUAGCAUUUACAAGCUGGUGAUCGUCAAUGGGCACAUCGUGGCCUUUCAGUCCCAGAGGGGAGAGCAGCUCCUACUCUGCAACGAAAUUCAAAUUGAAAAAAAAGAAAUCACAGAAAUCCUCGUCGAGGUGGAGAAGGAAAUGUUGUUCAGCGUGAAGAAGCAAAUAUAUGAUAACAUUUUGGAGUAUAAAAAUUUGAUGGACAUAAAGGAGGAUGACUUCCUCAAGAGCAACAAUGACAUUAAGAGUUACUCUCAGGGCAAAUCGUACGACUACGACUCGGUCGACUCUGCAAGCAGUUUUUCCUCCAGCGGGAGCAUGGCCGAUGAGGGGGAUUGUGCAGAGGGGAAGCUUCGCGAUGGACAGAUGCGUGAUGGGCAGCCGCGCGAUGGGGGAGUUUCCCACGAUGGGGGUGCACUGCUUGAUGCGCCCCCCACGCAGUCUACCUCACCGGGCACCCUCCCGUCGGUGAACAAAAAGGUCCUCUUCUCCCUGAACAAGAACAGCCAGUUCGUACUGAUCAUAAAGAAUCUCUUCUGGUCUAACCUCGUAGAACUUUUCCUGAAAUACAAUAACCUGAGCAAGUACAAAAAGAUUUUGAAUGAAGAGCUAUACGAAUACAUUAACAUAAUUAACAAAGUGGAUAAAAAGAAAAGCGUCCUCCUACACACCCUCAUCAUAUCGCUAGUUCACAAUAGAGACAUAGUAGAAGAAUUAAUAAAAAAAAAAGUUAAUGAUGUUAAUAAUUUCAAUUGGUUAAUUCAGCUCAAGUAUUCCUACUACAACAAAAAUUUGUACAUAAAAUAUUUGAACGAGUCUUAUAUAUAUGGUUACGAGUACAUCCACAACGAUAAUAAAAUUAUACUCACAAGUUUGAUAAAUAAAUAUUUCAUAUCCAUUCUACACUCUUAUAGCUCGAAGCUGGGUGUAUGUUCUGUGGGGUUAGCUGGCACAGGGAAGACGGAGACCACAAAGUAUUUUUCUAAAUUCGUGGGGAAAUUUUACUUUGUCUACAAUUGUAGUUGCAACAUCAACUUUGAUUUCCUGAAAAAUUUAUUCUUUGGAAUUGCCACGAAUGGAAUAUUUUUUUGCUUUGAUGAAUUUAACAGAAUAAGUAUAGAGGCUCUCAGUGUGCUGGCCCAGCAGCUGUGUAAUUUGUUCAGUGCCAAAUCGAGGAAGUUCACCAGGAGCGGCGCCAAUCGUGGUGGGAGCUUUGCCCAGAUAGGACACCCAGGGGGUAGUGAUAAUGCUGAAGAGGCAGCUGAAGAAUCCCCUAGGGAAGGUCACACUGGUGGGUACAUAUCCCAAGAAGGGAUACCACUCGGCAGGGAAACACACAUUGCUGGCGGAACACACGUAGCUGGGAAAAAUCACGUGAGCAAAAAAAAUAUGCUUUUCUUCGAAGGGAAAUAUAUAAAAAUUAACGAAGAGUUCAAUAUUUUUAUUAUCAUAAAUCCAUUUUACAAAGGAAGGAGUGCACUGCCAAACAAUAUCAAGGCCCUGUUCCGUUUCUUCAACUUCAUCAAGCCAGACUUUUUCACCAUCGUGGAAGUGAUGCUGUACUCCAAAGGUUACAAAUACAGUAAGGUGUUGUCAAAAAAAAUUAUCCUCCUCUUCGAAUUGUGUGAACAUAAUUUAAGUCCACAAAAACAUUACAAAUAUGACUUAAGAACUGUGAAAAAAAUAACCUACGUUAUGGGGAAAAUUAUCGUGGACAAGGAUAAUAACAAUCAUAACAAAAACAUUUUCUAUGAAUAUAAAUUUCUGUUCAUUGCUAUUAUCGAGUGCAUAAUGCCGUCCAUCGUCCGAAACGACAUUUAUAUCUUCCUCACCAUUAUGAAAAACAUCUUCUAUGAGCUGUACGCUUACAACCAGUCCCUGAACCCGUCCGGCAAGACCUGCGGCGCCAUCGACUUGAAGUGCAUCCUUUCCAGCAAGAGGAACAACGACAAUAGUAUACUCAUGUACUUGAAAAGUUUUUACUGCAAUAUGAUGAGCGAGCGGGGGGUGGGCGAUCGCAGCGACCUACGCGAUGAAAGUGACGAACGCGGUGACGGUGAUAAGCGCAUGGGACAGCGGGAGCAACCCCCAUUUGGGGAAGGCUCAGGAGACAGCAAGAGAGACCACGCGAAGAACCGCGCAGUGGACGAUUCGGAAAUGGCUGCCCCCACACGCGUGUGCAAAAAGGACAGCCAGGACAGCCACAGUUACCCAAAGAGCGGCAUAAAGAUGACGCCAAAAGAAGACUCACACGAAGCCAUGAGCGGCGUGGAGAUGUUACCCGAGGAAGGAAAGGGACCCGCGAAGGAAGAAAAUCAUCAAGCCAGUAAACUAUUUCUAAGCAAAAAAGAAAUCGUGGAAGAUUAUCUCAAGAAAAUGUUAAAAAAAAAAAUGCUAGAGUUGAAUUACGUAGGCACAGAUAGGUACAUCAGCAAACUUAUUCAGCUCUACAACAUGAUUAAAUUUCACACGGGUAUACUCUUCCUCUCAUACCCACUCUCCAAAACGACAUCAUAUAAAAUUUUAUGUAGAACCAUAAAUACCAUUAACGAUAGGGAAAUAAUAAAAAGAAAAAUAAAUGAUUAUGUAAUAAAUGCUAACGUCGUAAGAGAAAUGGACAUGCUGGGUUUUUAUGAAGAGGUUUCAAAUAAAUGGGUUCAUGGAAUAUUGACAAAAAAAAUAAUAGAAAUAAAUUCUACCUUCAAUAGGAGUGAUUACCUUAACAUUAUUUACUUCGAUUGUUACUUGCAUUCCUUAUGGAUAGAAAAUCUGAACUCCGUUUUAGAUGAAUCAAAAAUUUUAUGCUUGUCUAAAUGUGAUAUUAUCCCAAUUCAUGAUCAUACCCGUUUUAUAAUGGAGACAUAUGACUUGAAAGAUAUCACCAUGGCCACAGUCAGCAGAUGUGGAUUGAUCAUUUUAAAUAAUUACGAUUUAGAUAUUGCUUCGUACAUUUGUUCUUAUGUGAAUUCAUUAACCACCAAUUUCGAUGCCAUUCAUAAGCACAUUUUAAUAAACUUAUUUAUUGUCUUUUUUUACAAAUCUCUCCUUUUCAUCAGUAUAAAUAAUUUAUUUGUAUAUACUUUUAAUGAGUACUAUUAUUGCAUUUCUUUUAUUAAGUGUAUUGACAGUUUGUUUUCCUACUGCUCAUUUGAGAUUAAUGAUGCUAGUAAAAAUGAGAGUUAUCAGAAAUACAUCACAUCUAUCUUUGUGUAUUCUUUAAUUUGGAGUGUGGGUUCUAAUACAUACAAAAGGGGCCGAAAAAUAUUUAAUGAUUUCCUUUGCAAGCAAAUUGUGAGACAUAAUUUGAAGUUAACCUUUGAGACACUCGACGGCAGAUUGAUAGAUGUUCGCCAGUGCAAAGAGGGCAGCGGGCCCUCAGCCGCCGUUCCGGACACCCCCCAUACGGACAGCAUUUUGGCAGAUUCGCUCGGCCGUGUGGAUAGGCAAGGGGAGGAAACCCCCUUUAUCAGCAACAACGAGGAUAACGUUGACACCGGCCACAGCAGCGAUUACACAAGUGAUUGUAGCGACGCUUCCUCCGACGUAGACAUAUACAACGAGCGGAACGAACCCAUCGAGCAUCACUACGAAAACGUCAAUAGCAUGUAUGACUACUACCUGCGCACCACUCGCAAGUGUAGAAAUCUGUUCAAGAGCUACGACCCGCGGCUGGGCGAGGGCGAGAACGGGUGGCUGUUUGGCAAGUGCUACGGGAACUGCAGCUCCGACUCGAACUCGAGCAACGACGAGAGGUACUUGAAGCGCUGGGGCGGGCGCAAAAGGAAGAAGUACCUUAAUGAGCACGCCCCGGGUAGCGUGGACGACGUGUUGCAAAGCGUGAGUUACUACGACGAUGUGUACGGUUUGGCGGAGGGCCGGGGAGGCAGAAGUGGUGGUAGGCGCAGCAGCACCCACCUGGAUGAGUCUCCAAAAAACAGAACCUCCGCCCCUCACGCAGAAGCACAGCUAAGGAUAAACCUGUUCGACUUUUACUUCAAAUAUGAAAAGAACGUGAUGAGUCACCUAAACAAUAAAGAAAACAAGUUCACCCUGAUGGACGAGUGCCUGAGCAACACAGAAAUUUUGAUCAAACAGAAAAAGCACUUAUCUAUGCUUUACAAUAUAGAUGUGUUCAUGAAAAACAAAAAGAGUAUUAUCAUUUCUGGUUGUAGCAAUAUAGGAAAAACGCUCACUGUGGAUUAUUACCUAAACAAGGUGAUGGCAAAGGAUAAAUUUUUCACGGUCGAUUUUUAUUUCUCAUAUAGCACUACGAGUAACCACGUGAGGAAUUACAUCGAGUCGAAAUUAACCAAAAGGAGGAGCAACUUUUAUGGCACAACCAAUAAUAGGAUCUGUGUUUUCUACAUUGAUGAUAUAAAUAUAGAAACAGAAGUGGGUUCUGUAAAAAGGAGUCAUUACUUAUCUUCACAUGAAUUUUUACGAAUGCUAUUUAAUUAUAAAUUUUUCAUAGAUCAAAAUUUAGGGGUUAAGUAUGUGGAAGAUUUAACCUGUUUAGCAACUAUGAAUAAUGCAUAUACGAACACAACGCAUAGUGCUAGACUGUUUAACAAUUUCAACAUUAUGUAUUAUAACAAUUACAAGUACAAAGAACUUUUUGAUAUAUUUUUUUGUAGCCUCAGAAACAUGUUUAGCAUUUACGACAUUAAUAUAAAAAGUUUAGCUACCGAUUUGGUCCAGAUGCAAAUUGAUAUCUACAAAGGAGUUAAAGGAAUGAAACAUAAUUACUACCUGUACAAUGUAGAAGAUCGAGAAGGGAAGGAAAUUUUUCUUCACUCCUUUAAUAUAAAUAAUAUGAAAGAUAUUUACAAGUGUGUAAAUUAUUUGUCCAAAAAUAUCAACAUUCGAAAGGAACAAAUGCUCUUAUAUUUUCUCUACGAAAAUAAAGCCCUUUAUGAGGAAAGUUUUUUUUCAAAAAAUGCUAAAAAAAAAUGUGAACAAAUUGUUAAGACAAAUUUUAAAAAAUAUUUUCCACAGCAAGAAUAUGCAAACGUUAUCAAUCAGUACGAUAAUGGUCUUCUCUUUUGUAACUUUUUAAAUUUGUAUCAAAAUGUAUAUGAACAGGUUUCCGAUUUUAAUGACCUCUACAAUUGUGUCUACGCAUAUAUAUCCGAAUAUGGUAACAGCGAGAAGGUUAAUAUAAUCCUCUUCGAUAAUGUACUAAUUUACAUUUGCAAAAUAACCAAAACUUUUAUGAGUGAAAAUUCACACAUACUUUGCAUUGGCAUCAAUGAUGCUGUGAAGAGAAAGGUAAAUAAAAUUUGCUCAUUUAUAAUUAACAAAACUCUUGUUGUGUCUGAACUGAAUAAGAAUAGUAAGGCCUCCCAAUUUGUAGAAGAAAUUAAUAGGUGCCUUUUCGAUUGUGGAAUUUAUGAAAAACAAUGUGUCUACUAUCUUAAUGAUGAAAAUAGCAGCCUUGAUUUUGUCCUCGAAAAUCUUAAUAACAUUUACAAUUAUGGAGAUAGCUACCUCCUCUACAAUGAAGAAAACUUAAAAAAAAUAUACAGUGAGUGUAAAAAUAAAUGUGAAGAGGAACACGUCGUUAGGAAUUUAACAAACAUUUAUAGCAUUUACAAAAAAACCAUUCGAAAGUGCUUUCACGUAAGCCUUAACAUUUCGGCCAACAGCUCAGACGCCAUCCUCAAAUUUCCAUACAUACUAAAGAACUCACGUAUCAUCUACUUCGAGGAGGACAACAACGAGGGUCUCCACGUCAUCACCAAGAACUUCUUCACAGACACGGACGCCAAGAGGGGGGACAAUCCCGUCAGAAGGGUGGAGAAGUUGGUUCAGCCUGUAGGCGAUGUGGAUAAGUCUGUAGACGGCCCAGCUAAAACGGUAGACGGCCCGGAUAAGUCUACAGAGGACUCAGCCAAAACGGUAGACGCUUCAGCUCCCACAGACGACCCAGCCAAGUCUAUAGACGACCCCACCUCCAUCGCUACCCCCCCGCGGCCGCUGCCCUCCAUCGACCUCGAGGUGGUGAACCCGGACCAGGACCUCAAGUGCCUCGAAGGAGUCGUCCAAGACAAGGUGUUCAUCCGGAUCCACAAGGAAGUGAUUCACCUGGCUAAGAAGUACCAAGAGGAGAAGCAGGUGUACGUGUGCGUGAACUCGAACAAGUACGUCCACUUCCUCCACUACUUUGACUACUUCUACAACAUGAAGAGGAAGGAGUUCGACAAAAAUAUCGACCUAUACAGAAAGGCUCUCAAUAAACUACACAAGUGUGAGCAGGACAUAAAAACGAUGAAGAACUACCUACUCAACAUGCAACCAGUACUAAACAGCACAAACAUAGAAAUGAAGAAAAAGGUAAAUCAAAUGGAGAGAGAAUCUAAAGAAGCAUACAUCAAACAAACGGAAAUUAAGAAAAAAGAAUGCGAAAUGAAGACAAAGAUAAAAAACAUCACACAUUUAAAAAAUGAAGUGAACGAAGAAAUAACUAAAAGUUUUGCUCUGCUUAAUGACUCCCUAAAUAAUUUAAACAAAUUGAAAGUAGAGCACCUCAGAGAGUUGAAAGCAUUUGUUAACCCCCCGUCGAUUGUUGUCAUGGUCAUGCAGUGCAUCUUAACAUUUCUAAAGGAAGACGAAAAGUACCUACAAGGAAAAUUAAUCAGACCCAAAACACUCAACUAUUGGAUCUUAGCACAGAAAACCAUUUUUAGAGACUCCAAAGUUUUUCUAGACAAUUUGAAAAAUUACGAUAAAAAUUUAAUUGAAGAAGAAAUGAUUACAAAAAUUACUCCACUCAUUAAGAAUAAAAAUUUUAACCCCAAGUUUGUAAGAAAGGCGUCUAAGGCAUGCGAAACCAUGUGCCAAUGGAUUCUUGCCAUUUACCAUUACUUCAUCAUUAACAAGGAGCUGAAACCUAAGAAGGAGGAAGUGCUGACAUUAGAAAACGAAAUAAACAAAGAACUCAGCUACCUGGAUGCAUGUAAACAAGAGCUAAGUAUCGUCAACAACAAUUUGUGUACCAUCGAAAAGGAAAAGGAAGAAAUUACCAUCAAGCAAAAUGAACUAGUAGAAAAAAUAGAAAAUAUAAAACAGAAAAUUCAAAGGUCCAAAAAGAUCCUCUCUUGUCUUCUGGAACAAGAAAUAAAAUGGAACAACAAAAAAAAAAACUUAAAAAAAAAAAGGGAUCUACUAAUCGGAGACUGCAUCAUCGUUUCAUCUCUCAUCAACUAUAUGUCCUACUUUUCAUACGAGUACAGAAAGGUUAUUAAGUUAAAAGUGCAGGCAAUUUUAAACCGAUACAAUAUUAAUUAUACCAAAGAUAUUUCCAUUUAUAGCUUCUUGGAGUCCAAAAUUAACAUUGAGAAGUGGGUCUCUUAUGGACUGACUAACAGCGGGUUCUACUUUGAAAAUAUCGUAAUCAUGAAUAACAGCAUUAAGUACAACUUGCUCAUAGACCCGCAUUUCAUCGUCACCAACUUUUUAAAAAAAAUUUACCAUAAGAAGAGGGACGUGGAGAUCCUGCGAAAUAACAGCUCCAACUUUGUAGACAAAAUUGAAAGGUGCAUGCAGCUCGGAAACGUUAUCCUUUUCACCCACUACGACGACGACUCCAGUGUGCUGUUCAAUGCGCUAUUUAAUUACAAAAUUGGGAAAACUCUCCUCACCUUUGGACACGAUCGGGGGGGUGGUAAUGGAACCCAGGUUGCGCGUCACCGCCAGUCGGCUUCGGACGAGUGUCUCCCCCCGGAAAGCGGGAAAAAAGAAGCAGAGGGAGUGAACGCAUCAGAAAAAGUGAUGGAAGGAAAGGGAGUGAAUGAAUCAGACAAAGGGACAGCAGAAGACGGAGUGAAAACAUCAGACAAAACGAUGAAAGUAGAGGCAGUGAACGCAACGCAAGGAGUGACCCGUGAGGAUGAACCGAUUAGGGCGAGCACACCCCCAGUGAGCGGAACGCUGACCCAAAAUAACUGCGUCAACUUCAACAAUAAAAUAAUCACAGUGGACAGCGCCUUCAACAUUUACUUCAUCGUAUAUGGAAGCACCAAAUUCGACGACAACACACAAAAUCAUCUCAACGUAAUCGACUUCAAUAUAAACCUAGACAUACUGGAGGAGUAUUUCCUAACCAACCUCAUCGACAAGCUGUUCCGACCUGUUCAUGAAAAUAGAAGUGCACUCAUUCAUCAAAUCCAUGACCUCAACAAACAAAUGGUAAAGCAAGAGGAAGAAAUUCUACACAUUUUAAAUUACAAGGAAGACAUUCUAAGUGAUGAUGAUAUUGUGAUCAGUUUUGAGAACGCCAACAAAAUAUACUUAAAAAAUAAAAAAAAAAUGAAAGAGUACAAAAUGAAUAAAUUUGAAAUUAUAAAAAUUAGAAAAAAUUACAUGAGCAUGUCGGAGCACAUCUCGGUUAUUUAUCACUGCAUUAAUAACUUAGUCACUUUGAACCCGAUGUAUAAUUUUUCCAUUUUAUCCUUUGUACAACUCCUAAACAUUAGUAUUGACAAAUCAGAGGAGAACAAAUUGCUAGAUAAAAGAAAAAAAGACAUACUAAACAUCUUUACUAGGAAAAUCCACUACGAAAUAUCGAGGACCCUCUCAGAGAAGCACCAACAAAUUUUCUUUUUCUACCUUGUGUGCAUGAUAAACAUAUACAAAGGCGAAAUAGACUACGACGAUUAUUAUUUCUUCGUGUAUGACGAUUACCCUAAGGGGGAUGAAAUUCGAAAUGAGGUAUUCAGAAAGGUUCAAUCUAAGAAGAACAAUAAGCCAAUUGUUGACAAGCUGUUGGGACACAGUAAUGUAUUGGUGGACUCCUCUUCUUCCGUUCUGAAGGAAACAUGUGAUGAUAGUGCUAGAGGGGAAGAAGCCGCUACUUCGGAAGACGAUAUGGAUGGACUCAGCGAACAGGAAGACCUACAAACGCUUGUAGACGACGUGUCUCUUCACAGCCUCGAGUCGGAUGGAUGCGACCCGCAGGUAUCGGAGGAAGACUCGAGCAAUGUUCAGACUGCUGACCCUCAGAGGAAAAGGGGGGGAGAACAGACUGCAGCAAUGCAUGUUAGCCAUAUGGUGAGUGGUACCGUGGAGGAAUACCUCCUACUCCCGAAGAGGAGCGAAAAGGAUGAUUUUUUGAAUUCCUGCGAAGGGAAUGUGUUACUCCAGGGGGCUGACGCAGAGGAGGGGCGUGCCGCCACUGGUCAUUGUACCAACAACAACGGGGAGGCCCAAUUUACCUUCAACUUCGAAACGAAGAAUCUGUCUUGGCUAAGCGCGAAGGAGUACAUGAGCGUGAAGAAGCUAAUCAGGAAGGAAAAAUAUUUUUUCUUUUUUAAAAAGGCCUUCAACGAGUAUGAACACCUAUUCAGAACCAUCAAGACAGACCACACAAUAUUACAACACAAGGACUUAAAGCAUCUCCUAACAAACUUUGAAAAAUUAAUUAUUUUUAAAAUUUUCCGAUUUGACAUUCUUAAACUUAACAUGAACAACUAUGUAGAUGCGUGCUUGAAUAUAGGUUCUCAGAGCUACGCGAAGGAUCUGUACAAGUGUUACGAACACUCGUCGCAGAAUAAAUUGAUCCUAAUUCUUUCUGAACACCGGCUAAGCACAGCUAGUGAAAUAAUGAUGCUCAGUGAAAAAAUUACUGGAAAAAACAAUUUAAUCAUUUAUAACAAAAACGACAAGAACUACUUGUUGCAGAUCUUAAAUGAUUCCAUUAAAAAUGGGUUCUGGGUACUAAUCGAGAAUGCUCACCUAAAUAUACAUCUGAUUCUGGAGAUUGAAAAAUAUAUCGAGGCCUGCAACAUCCAGUACUCCAACCCAGAUUUCAGAAUAUGGAUCAGCACCAGCUCUGUGAAGUCCUUCCCCGAUUACCUCCUCAAGCUCUGUGUGAAGAUCACCUUCGAGAAUGUACACAAUUUGAAGUCAGGGCUCCUCAACAUUUACACCAACGUAGCGCAAGAGGAGGGGGAAGAUGAUGAGGAAGACGGAGAAGAAGAGGAAGAGGAAGAAGACGAAGCAGAGGAGGACGAUGAGGAGGAGGAAGAGGAAGAAGAGGAGGAUGACCAUGAUGGUGACGGGGAGGAGGACAAGGAGAAUCGCCUACCGUCCGGUCCGCACGGUGGACGGCCCCCCAAAUGUCGAACCCCGCGCAAAGGCAUCCUCGAUGUUGGCGCCAAGUGGGGCGAAAAGGAUAACCCAGAAGGAUCACCAAGCAGAGGAGGGGAAAAAAAAGAUAAGGAUCUACUUAAAAGAAGAAACGAGAAGAACCAAAAAAGGAACAAAAAAAGGGGCGAAAAAAGAAGCGAAAACGAAAACAUCCUGAUGAACAAACUUCACUUCAGCCUCUGUUUCUUCCACGCACUCAUACAAGAGAGAAGCAAAUUCAAAAGCAAAGGAUUUAAUAACUGUUAUGAGUUCACAGAUAUAGAGCUAAAAUUGUCCAAGGAAAAUAUCAUCAAAUUUUUCAGAAAUAAAAAUAUAGACAUUAAUCUUUUGCUUUACCUUAUUGGAAAUAUUAUUUAUGGUGGUACUAUAAUAGAUGUAACGGACCAGAGAUGCUUUAACAUUAUUCUGAACAAGUAUAUAAAUGAAAAGGUCAUUUACUCUAACAAUGAGUACAAGUUCAACAACUACUACUACUGUCCUCACAGUUCAAAUAAGAAUCUUUUUCUAAGGUAUGUGAAGUCCUUGAAUUUUAUAACCGAUUUUUCUAUUUUCAAUUUACACCCCUCUCUAAAUACAUUAUAUUUACAAAAUUACAAUUUAAAAAUUUUGAAAAAUCUGGAAAAGCUAGAAUACAAUAAUGUGAAAAAGGACAAGUCGGAUAUGCAUAUCUUUUCCAUCAUCCAUGUCUUGACCCAGCUCCUUCCUCCAUUCAUAGAUGCAAAUAAGCUAAACGACUGCUUCAUGAACAAUUUAAGUUGCUCCAUCAUUACCUUCCUCAAAAUGGAAAUAGACAAAUAUAAUAAUCUCCUAAGGACCAUAUAUGAUGACUUGACAAAAAUAAUUAAUUUUGUAAAGGGGAAGGAAAUGAACUUUUCUAAAAUUUCUCACACGUACAAUUCUAUUUCUAAUUUGUGUGUGCCUAAGAGAUGGAUUGCUUGUUCGUUUUUUACAAAUUUGCAGAUUUUUCACUACGCCAAAUUGAUUAGCCUUAAGGUUUCCUACCUCAACAAAUACAUUUCCCACUUGGACAAUCGCGUCUUCAACUUGGCCGCCUUCAUGUCCCCAAGGAGCCUUAUGCUGGCCAUCCGCCAGAAAAUUUGCACAGAAGCGAAGAUCGACGUAAACAACGUGAAGCUCAAGUACGAAAUUUCCUCCUACUUCAACGAGGAAGACAUCAAGGAGGAUGGGUACUUCGUGGGCGGCCUCUUCAUCGAGGGCGCCAUGUUUGACGCCACAAAUAUGAUCAUAAAGGAGUCCACAAGAAAGUACCUCUACUGCCCCAUGCCGUACAUCAAGGUGUACUUCCUCACCAAGAGCUCACCCGUAGCGAAGCCCCUCUCCAGGCCUGCCAAACCUGCCGCUGUUCCCACCAAAGGCCGCAUGCACGGAUCCAACUUCUACAUCUUCAAGUGCCCCAUAUACAAAAAUAUGCACAAAACGGAUAACCGCCUAAACAACAACGAACCCAUAUUCUACUUAAAGCUAAACUCCAAGGAGAGGAAGGAAAAAUGGAUUGAACGAAAUGUGUCCGCCGUGCUAAUACUAAAAUGA